ACAAUGCCUAUAUAUCUCAAGUUUGAGGAUGUGAAAUACACAAUAUCAAGUAAAGGAAAGAGACAUGAUGAUCAUAAUUCAGAGAAACUUGUACUACAAGGAAUAACAGGUUGUGUGCAACCUGGAGAGGUAUUGGCUCUAAUGGGACCAUCUGGUGGUGGCAAAACAACUCUCCUUAAUCUCUUAAGUGGAAGACUGAAAAACAGAAGUGGUUCUAUAACUUAUAAUGAUCACCCCUAUCACAAAUCUCUAAGGCCAAGAAUCGGGUAUGUUCUACAAGACGAUGUUGUGUUUCCUCAUCUCACAAUCAAAGAAACCCUAACUUAUACAGCUCUACUUCGCCUUCCAAGUACAUUAAAAAGAGAAGUGAAAAUGGAUCGAGCGAUAAACAUCAUAGCUGAGCUCGGCCUUGAAAGAUGCCAAGAUACGUUAAUUGGUGGACCAUUCAGUAGAGGAAUUUCUGGGGGAGAAAGGAAAAGGGUUUGCAUUGGCACUGAAAUUCUGCUUAACCCUUCACUUCUAUUCCUAGAUGAACCUACAUCAGGCUUAGAUUCAACAACCGCACUCCGAAUAGUUCAAACGCUGCAGAAUAUGGCUCUGGCUGGCAAGACAGUGGUUGCAACGAUACACCAACCAUCGAGUCGACUCUUUGCCAAGUUCGAUAAGUUGUUCCUUUUGGGAAAAGGAAGUUUUUUGUAUGCUGGUAAAGCAUCAGAAGCGAUGACAUACUUCUCGUCCAUCGGUUGUUCCCCUUAUAUUGCUAUGAACCCCGCUGAAUUUCUAAUUGAUCUCGCCAAUGGGAAUAUGAACGACAAAUCUAUUCCAUCCGAACUCGAGAACAAGUUCAUUCCUUGCAGCGAAAGCGAACCAUCUCCCAUGGAUGUCCACGAGUACCUUCUUGAGGCAUAUGAAGCAAGAUUAGGAACUAGAAGAAAGCUGAAGAUGCCUCUAUUGACUAACGGCGAAUGUGCAUUCCAGGACUCGGGAGCCACUUGGUUCGAACAGUUCGUUAUCCUUUUCAAUCGAGGGUUCAAGGAGCGGCGUCAUGUGUAUUUAAGCACCAUGCGCGUAAUACAAGUGAUGGCAACUGCUUUAAUCGUCGCACUGCUUUGGUGGCACCCAUAUGCUUCCGGUACUCCCAACCGCCUUCAUGAACAGGCUGGGCUGUUGUUCUUUGUUUCGGUUUUCUGGACGUUCUUCCCGCUAUUCACGGCCAUCUUCACCUUCCCUAUGGAACGCCCGGUGCUUGCUAAGGAAAGAUCCGUUGAGAUGUACAAUCUGAGUGCAUACUUGGUUGCGAAAAACAUGAGCGACAUUCCUUUAGAUCUCAUCUUGCCGUUACUCUUCGUUUCGAUCGUCUACUUCUUGGUAGGAUUGUUGCGAAGCUUCAAUGCGUUUGUGGUCACACUCUUCAUAGUUUUCCUGUGUGUCAUUGCUGCUCAGGGUCUUGGGCAGGCCAUAGGCGCAGCAUUCCAUGAUACAAGGAAAGCCACAACCUUGGCUUCAAUAAUAGUCAUGGCAUUCAUGUUAGCCGGUGGAUUUUUUGUUCAGAAUGUGCCAUCUUUUAUGUCUUGGAUACGCUACAUCUCGUUCAACUAUCAUACAUAUCGGCUACUCUUGAAGAUCCAAUCCAAUUGUUUUCACUCGGAUCCUGACUCGGGUUUGUGCAAGUCUGGUUCAGUCAUGAAAGGCAACCCCGACUGGGGUGGGGUUGAAGUUGGAGCUUUGUUGAUCAUGGUCUUUGGUUAUCGACUACUAGCCUACUUAUUCUUGAGGAGGAUGAAGCUAAUGCAUAAUUGA